UCAAGAUUUACUCAUAGGUGUGAAAGACCAUUGAAAUUUUAGACGUGCGGUUGACUCGGAAGGGUCGCCUUGUGUCCGAAACUCAAUGGUCUGCUAACGGCAGCACGUUUACCUUUUGAUGGUCGCAUGGUCCGUCACGCCUUACAACAGUUAGCCUUGGUGAUGGUAUUUCAACUUAUCUCCCCUCAACUCCACACUUCAUGUGACAAUGUUUGCUUCUCCGAAUCGACUAAAGCAGAAUUCAGGAACCAAACGCUGGACUAUAUCUACCACAAACGCUUUAACCUUUCAUCAUCUGUCCUCCAAGCUUACCGCUCGCCCUCUAACAAAAUGCCUAUAGUCUCAGAUGAUCCCUCUUGGUGGCCGACCAUUAAUGCAAGCAUGAUUUCUAGCUAUUUUAUAGUGGCUGCCUCUGUUGGAGUGGGGUACGAUUGGGCACUGACGUUAGCACAAGAGGUCGAAUUGAUCUGGAGGCAACGUUGGUCCCUGAUGACUGCUUUGUAUCUAUGUCUGCGCUAUAUUGGACUAGCAUUUGCCGUCGUCAGCAUAUUGUCUCAAGUCCCGACAAUUUCGUUGACAGAUACAGUGAGCCAUAUUUACUUUAUCGCAAUAAAUUGGAUGACUUUUGUUUUGACUGGAAUGCUAAGUGUCAUCAUGAUCGUUCGAUUAUAUGCCAUGUAUCAGCGAUCUAGAAAAUGUGACGAUUGCCGGAAAAGUAACCAAAAAUAGUUCAGCGGUGGUACUCGUUCUCUCUGGCAACUACUAUGUGUGCUCCCCGAGUUUUGACGGAAUUGGCGUACUUCUAGUUGACAUCACUUGGAUAAUCAGUAUUGCAUGGGAAGUCCUCGCACUGUGUCUUGCAAUCUUGGUUGCUGUAAAACACAUCCGUGAACUGCGACAAUCAUCAGCAGGACGGAUUGUCGAGGACUGUUUCACAGUGCUGAUAAAAACUCACGUGGCUUACUUUACGAGGUGAGUUCAUGAUGUUUAUGCGGUUCUCUUUUU